AUGCGCGCGGCCGGCGCGGCGCGCUGCCGCCUCGCGGAGCUGCGCCGCGCGGGGGCGCGGGGCGAGGGCGCGGACGCGGAGGGGAUCAAGGCCUGCCAGGACCUGCUCCCCGAGCUCGAGCGGCUCGCGGGGGACCUGGACGGCUCUCCCCACCCGCGGCGGCUCCUUGGGCAGCUCGAGGAGCAUCGCCGGCUCGUCAUCGGCUCCCUCCUCGAGGAGCUGCGGGAUCUUGCGGGGCGCGCGCAGAGGGCGCAGGUGGCCAAGCUGCAGCACGAGGCCGAGGUCGCCGGCUUCUUCACCGUGGCGGCCCCGCGGGGCGCCGCCGUGCCGGCCCCGCCCCCGAUGUCGGCGCUGUCUGCGGCCGGCGGCGGGGACCCCUGGGCCGGCGCCGCCCCCGACGCCUGGUCUGGCGACCGGCUCGCUGCGGAAGAGCAGGCGCCGCCCCCCGACCACGGACGCGGACGUGGACCAGAUCCGGACCACGCAGGCCAAGAUGGAGGAGGUGUCGUCCCUGGUUGGGCUCUUCGCAACCAAGGCUCGGCUGCGCUAAGGGAAUACGUUCGUUCCUCGACCUUGUCGUCGCGGGCCUUCGCCUUCGGCGUCCACGUCGACGUCGUCCUCUGUUUUUGGCGUGGGGGGGCGGGGGGCACUCCUGCAGUCCUCGCCGCCACGGCUCGGCGCGUGCUCGGGAGCCUUGCCAGGAUGGACCCCAGGAGGGAUCCGCGCCUUGGGCUUGGAGCGCAUCCCGGGGGCAACGAUAGGGGGGCCUAG